AUGCCGGCGGCAGCAUCUCAGCCGCCGGUGAAGCUCUCGCUUCCUCUGCAAUUUCAGCAGGAAAUCUUCCAGCUACUACGAGCCGAAGAUGUUUUAGUAAUACUAGCUCGCGGCUUAGGGCUGCUCAAGAUUGUCACGAAUCUCCUUCAUUCGUACGACGCUGCGGGAAAUUCUCUUGUCAUCGUUGUUGGAGCAGAAGACCGCGAGAAUGAAUGGAUCGGAGAAGCUCUCGCAGAGCAUUAUGCCAUCUCUCGUUCUCCUCUCGCAAAGGGCCUCCGUGUUAUCAACACGGAUAAAGCAACUGUGGCGACUCGUGAGAAGAUUUACUCGGAAGGAGGAAUCGUAUCAGUCACCAGCCGGAUUCUCAUCGUCGACCUAUUAUCAAAGCUCUUGGAUCCCGAAACUGUGACCGGCUUGAUUGUGCUACACGCUGAGAAGGUCGUAGCCACCACCACCGAAGCCUUCAUCGCACGCAUCUUUCGACAACAUAAUAAGAUUGGCUUCCUCAAGGCUUUCAGUGAUUCUCCGGAACCUCUCACAUCGUCUUAUGCACCCUUGUCGACUAUGAUGAGGAAUCUCUUCCUUAGGAAACCGUCGCUAUGGCCUCGCUUUCAUGUAUCAAUCGCGCAAAGCUUGGAAGGGAAGAAGAAGGCCGACGUGAUUGAACUUGAGAUUCCCAUGACAGAUGCGAUGAGGGCAAUUCAGAACGCGGUGAUGGAAUGUGUAGAGAUGAGCAUAUCUGAGCUCAAGAAGGCCAAUCCUGGAUUAGAGAUGGACGAUUGGACGCCUGACUCUGCUCUACACCAAAACUUUGAUGCUAUUGUUCGACGACAACUUGACCCCGUAUGGCAUCGAGUCAGCUGGCGUACGAAACAGAUUGCGAACGAUCUGACGGUGUUACGAUCAAUCCUUCACUCCCUCCUCAGCUACGAUUCAGUCUCUCUCUUGAAGUAUCUGGACACUGUUCUCGCGACUCAUUCGCCUCCUCCAGGCUCUACGAGACAAGACCAAUCGCCAUGGCUCUUUUCCGAUGCUGCGUCAACUAUAUUCCAGUCCGCCAAAGAUCGGGUCUACAAAGGCAAGGUAGAAGAUAGCAAUGCGCUGCCGACAUCGAAACUACCAGACUCGCUGAGUCCUGUAUUAGAGGAACAGCCGAAGUGGACUGUUCUGGCGGAAAUCUUACGAGAGAUUGAGGUGGACGCAUACCUGAAUCCCAGGUUAAGGGAUGACUCAAAUGAUACCAUUCUCAUCAUGUGCAACGAUCAGCGGACCUGUCGUCAAGUCAAAGAAUAUCUUCAAACGAUGCAUAUCAAGCCGCUGGCACAAGACGUAGCAGAUGGACAAGCGCCACAUGAGAUAGAAGCUGAGGAAGAACGAGGCUCCGCCGAAUUCAUGAUGAGAAGAAAACUCCGAGAAUAUCUGGGAUGGAGAAAAACGUUUGCUCAAGUCAGCGCAUCUCUGUUUGAGGAAAACCAGAAAUCUCUGAACGAUAUCAAAGGAAACACUGCUUCCGCCCGUCUCAACAGCAAAGCGCCUGUGAACAAGCGUAGACGCGUCCGUGGUGGUGGCGGUGGCGGACUGGGUUUGACACGCAGUGCCAACGGUGCUGUAGCUGUCUCAGAAGAUAAAGCCGCUCAAGUCGCCGGUCUACUGGCCGAGCUGCGACCAACAGAAUCUGAAGCUAGGCAGAAGGAAGAUAUCAUUGUCGAUAAUCUCAAUGACGCCAGAGAAGACUUCUUCGAGUUGUACGAACCUGACGAUCAGAUUGUGGUGCAUCCGUACGAUGGUGACCAAGACGAUCAGCUUCUUGAGGAGCUACGCCCGAGGUACAUCAUCAUGUACUCCCCAGCCCCCGACUUCAUCCGGAGAGUCGAAGUUUACAGGUCGAGCCAUUCGGACAGAAGUGUGCGGGCAUACUUCAUGUACUACGGUGGUAGUGUGGAAGAGCAACGUUAUCUCUCUGCUGUCCGACGUGAGAAGGAUGCAUUCACCAAAUUGAUCAGGGAACGCGGGACUAUGGCCGUCACAAUGACCGACGCCAACGUCGAUCCGCAGGAAGCAUUUCUCCGCACCGUCAACACUCGCAUUGCUGGAGGUGGACGACUUGCGGCAACGGCAGCUCCCCCAACAGUAGUGGUCGAUGUUCGGGAAUUUCGAUCAGCUCUCCCGAGUCUACUCCAUGGUCGCAGCAUGGCCGUCGUUCCUUGCCAGCUUACAGUUGGUGAUUAUGUCCUGUCGCCAAACAUCUGUGUCGAGAGGAAAUCGAUACCCGAUCUCAUUGGCUCUUUCAAGAAUGGACGGCUCUUCAACCAAGCCGAGACCAUGCUGCAGCAUUACAAGUAUCCAUUUUUGCUGAUUGAAUUUGACGCAAACAAGUCCUUCACGCUUGAUCCGUUCGCAGAUUUGACAUCCGUGGCAACAUUGAAGAUGCCAGACUCAGACACCAGAGAUUUGCAAUCGAAGCUGGUUCUCCUCACCCUUGCAUUUCCGAGGUUGAAGGUGAUCUGGUCGUCUUCGCCUUACCAGACAGCCGAGAUCUUUGAAGAACUGAAAAAACAGCAAGAGGAGCCUGAUCCUCUGAAGGCCGUACAAAUCGGCCUGGCGGAAGGCGAGGAUCCGGAUGAGAGGACUUUCAACACUGGACCUCAAGAGCUGCUUCGAACAAUUCCUGGUGUGACUGCGAAAAAUUCCAGCAGAUUGUACCUCGAGACGAAGAAUGUUCUCGAAGUAGCGAACAUGAGUGUCGAGGAACUGGAUCCCUUGGUCGGCCGAGAAUCUGGGAGACAGAUUGUCAGAUUUUUUACAAGAAGUGUUUUCGACGACGAAGAUCAAUAG